CAACAUGUGAAGCUUCAGUGGAUUCAGCUCAGCCAAAUGGAAAAGCACUUCAUGCCCACACGCCUCCUUAAGUGCGCUUAAAUUGCGCUCAAUAUAAACUUGCAAGAAUUGACUACGUAAUUGAUCAAGGAUCUAUGCAUAUGGCACAUGGAUAAAGGCACUUCCAAUCAUUUAAUAAUUGUAUUUCUUUCUUUUACUGAUAAACUCCAUCUUAUUCUCUGUUUCUGAAACUCUGAUUUCUUCUUCUUAAUUCACUUUUGCCCUUACUCAUCCAUAUAUAUAUAGAACAUCAGAUUGAGCUCGUCCAAAUCACUUGGCUUCUUCUUUCUCCUUUUCUUCCAACGCCGAGUAAAUCCGAAACAGAGAAAGCAGAGAUGUUUUGUGGAUUACUACUAGGUGGAAACUUCUCCAAGAAAUGUAAGCAGGCCUUGAAGCUCAUAAAGAUGAGGAUCGAGCAUAUCAAGAGGAAGAAGCAGGCGGUAGUGUGCAUCCUCAAGAAGGACAUCGCCGACCUCAGUGCCAGCGGCCAGAAAGCCGUCGCCUUCAAAAGGAUGGAUGCGCUCAUCGUUGAGAUGAACCUGGCAUCAUGCUACGAAAUGAUUGAAGGGUUCUGUGAUUGCAUCAUGAAUCAGCUUCCAAUCCUGCAAAAGACAAAAGACUGUCCUGAAGAAGCCAUGGAAGCAGUUUCAACCCUGAUUUUUGCAGCUGCAAGAUUCCCAGAUUUGCCGGAGCUGUGUAAACUGAGAUCUCUAUUCGCAGAACGAUACGGGAAUUGCAAGGAGUCAUCUGUGAAUCCUCAAUUCGCUGAGAAAACAAGAAACAAAACUUUUUCGAAACAAAAGAAGCUCGAACUGAUGGAAAAUAUUGCUGGUGAAUUUGAUCGACCAACCCAGAAGGAGAUUAAUGGCUAUAAUUUAGCAAGUGUCGAGUUGGUGCCAAACGAAAUUCAUGUGAUUUCCACAAUCAAAACCAGCGACGACUCAUGUGAUCCGAAAGACAUAGAAGCUUGCGAAAAUGCAAAAAUCUCGACAGAGGAGCAGCAUGAGAUGGAUUGUAGCCCAGUGGAUAAAGAAGUUAUUUCAGUAAAAACUUCGAAUGCAUAUGUAACGAACAGAAGAGUGCCGAAUUUAGACGAAGAGAUUGACAAUGAGGAAAUGCAUGUAGGAUCGGAUGAAACUGGUCUCAAAAACCAGCUAGAAAAAGAACUGAACCAGAACAGGAGAGGAAGAUACUUGAAUCCACCUUAUCGUAUUCAGCCAAAAAUCCAUGACACUUCAAACGGGGUUGAACUUCACAUCGAGAAGCCAAUGCUCCUUUCUUUAGAUCAAGCAGCUGCGAAGGAUGAGGAAGAAAUGGCCUUGGAUAAGCUGCUGCAGCACUACAGCAGAAAAGGGACAGAUACGGAAGCCACUGAACUGGAUGAUGGCGGAGCAGUCAAAAAAGUGCCUCCUCCACAAAGAACUUUCUCAUUGCCGCACGAAUCACGCAGUCCAUCCGAAGCUAAAACGCAUGUUCGAGGAAAAUCGUUGCACUCGGAUCCACUGAGUCCCAAGCGCGGCCGUGUUCAUCCAAGACUGCCAGAUUAUGAUCAGCUGGCGGCAAGGUUUGCUGCGCUGAAGAAUGGUCGAGGCGCCACCAUUCCUCAUAUGAAUGUGUGUAUUUAAAAUAUGAAACGCAGACAACAGGCAGACUUGUAAUUUUUAAAUAUGUUUAUUUAAUUUCUUCCUGAUGAUAGAGUCUGAUCCGUUCUCCGAUCAAGGGAUGGGGUUGGAUCUUUGAUGUAUCCACAGUCGAGCCCUUUCGGCUUUCGGUAGGUCAGAUGUGUGUUUUUUUUUCAUAAGGAACACUAUCUAAUUGUCAUAUUUUUUUUUUUA